UGGCAAUCUGCUAGCAUCGCAGAUAUCAUCCAUUGGAAAGAGUGGAUAAGUUCUUCUUAAACCACAAUGUUCAGCACAUAAAAGCAAGCCAUCUUCCUGCUAUCUCCUUUAUAUUUAUUGACCCCAUAUCACACCCUCAUAAACAAUGCGUUUUUCCUUUGUCCUCGCCGUUGUCAUCGCUUUGACAGUAACAAGAUCUGCAGCAUCGAUACCUGCCAGUGACCCUGACAAUGACUGUCCUUUGUUGUGCUUGACUUUUAAAGACUGCAAGAAAUGCUAUGACUCGGUAACAUGCGUGAGUAUGAGUAGUUUGCGCCCUGUGUUUAACGACAUGACUCACCGGUGUGGUAGUUCCUCUUCGGAUGCCGUUCACGGGAUUAGCCUGACGCAUGUCACUGCACUUUGAGAGGUGAUUUAGGUUGGGGGGUAUGUUGGGAAGAUGAUGUCAAGCAAUGGGUGAAUUUUCACGAGAUACAAACCAUCGAUGUCGCAGUGUGUUC